AUUCCCCACAUUGCUCCUUGUUCCUCGCUAUCAUCCUCACAUUUUCUCUUGCAUUCCUCUCGUAUAGACUAUAGAGCAUCAUGAGCAACACAGACUGGGACACCAAAACCGUUAUUGGCUUCAAAGCCAAGGCACCGAAAGUGACCAGAAAUACCUCCGAUUUGAAUGGCUAGGAGAGUGGGUGCUGUCGUGGCGACAGACAAGAAGAUCACUGCUGGUAGCAAUAAGGCUCACCAAGGCACUGACCACCAAAGAAUAGCCAAACUCGACCGAGAAAACGAGGUCGCACCGCCACCCAAAGUCGCUCCCUCCGUCGGCAAGGCUAUCCAAGCCGCCCGUAUGGAGAAGGAGCUAUCUCAGAAAGACCUUGCACAGAAGGUCAAUGAGAAGCCUUCCGUCAUUCAGGACUACGAGUCCAGCAAAGCUAUUCCUAAUCCUCAAGUGCUCGGAAAGCUCGAGCGUGCGCUGGGUGUGAAGUUACGUGGUACGAACAUUGGAGAGAAGCUUGGGGGGCCAAAGAAGUCGUAGAUUGACCCCCCUGUCAUAACCGUUUCUCAAUCCUACGACGCGGACAGUCUUUGAUAUCCUCGUGUGUUCUCGUCCUGAUUCCAUUAUAAUGUACAUGUGUAUGUUUUUGUAGAAUGUCACUUCGCAUUUGUUGUCGCUUUGCAUCCCCC